AUGAUAAUGUCUGGUAAACAUUUCAAAAUCCUUAAUUUUAAACUCAAUAAUCUUUUCCAAAUUCCAGCAGAUACUGGGGGAAGGAAAUUUCUUUUUGGAGUAGAGAUGGAGUAUUUGUUAAAGUCGCAAGAUAAUUGUCUUUGCACCUUGGUUGAAUGCAUUAAAGAGAAACAAGUUGAAUGGUUGUAUGCUCAUUCAAAGAACUUUGAGUAUGAAAUUCAAAAGCUUCGUGAUGUGGCCAAGGAGCGUCAUGAUGUUUUUAUCGAACAAGUAACGAAGAUGAAAGAGUCUGUUGAUCUUCAGGGGGCUGAACUUAAGUCAGAAAUGGCAAAAAAGGUUGAGAAAAUGGAGUAG